UCGCACAAACGCGAGCGACGUCAGUUAUUGAUCAUUGUUCUUCGAAUCUCACGCGCCCUCCCGUUAGCGUGUCUGACGGUAGGACGCUUUAAUUUUGCGACAAGUUUUUAAAUGUUGAUCGCUAUAAAAAAUAAAAAAAUAAAAAAAAAAAAACGCGCGAAACAAACAUGUUCUUUGCAGUUUUGUCGAGACCGACGAAACGCCGCUUGUGGCGUUUGACGGACAAAAAUUAUAGAUGGUGAAAAAUUUAUAAAAGAGCGAACACAGGUUAGUUUGCGAGACAAGAAAAAGGUAUUGGUUACGCGAGGGAUACACGGGGCAUUUUGAAUCUCGCGAGCGUGCCGAGAGAGAGACAAAAACGUUGAAUGAGACACGGAGACCGAAACCUUUUCGCAUAUGAAAUACAUACCGUUUUUUUCAUGCCCGAAAAUGGACAGAAUGCCAACAACCGAGUGUUUGACUCUUGAUUUCGGACCGUUCGAGACGGUUCAUCGAUGGAAACGUAUGCCCGAGUGCGACGAAUUCGUCGGAGCCAGACGAAGCAAACACACGGUUGUCCCGUAUAAAGAUGCAAUUUAUGUGUUCGGCGGUGACAACGGCAAGACAAUGCUGAACGAUUUGCUGCGAUUUGAUGUGAAAGAAAAAUCUUGGGGAAGAGCAUUCGCAACGGGAACCCCACCGGCUCCACGCUAUCAUCAUUCCGCGGUUGUUGACGGUUCGUCGAUGUUUGUAUUCGGCGGCUAUACGGGAGACAUUCAUUCUAAUUCUAAUCUAAGUAACAAAAACGAUCUCUUUGAGUAUCGCUUCCAAACCGGCCAGUGGAUAGAAUGGAAGUACGUUGGAACGUGCCCGGUGCCUAGAUCUGCUCACGGUGCUGCUGUGUAUGAUAACAAAUUGUGGAUAUUUGCCGGCUACGACGGCAAUGCCAGAUUGAAUGAUAUGUGGACAAUAUCGUUGGUGCCUGGUGAUUCCAAAGAGUGGGAAGAAGUUGAGCAAAAGGGCGAACUUCCGCCGACAUGUUGCAAUUUUCCCGUUGCGGUAACUCGAGAAUCCAUGUUCGUUUUCAGCGGACAGAGCGGCGCCAAGACAACGAACGAUCUCUUCCAAUUUCACUUUAACGAGAGGCGAUGGACGCGAUUAUCAACGGAACAUAUAUUACGCUACGCACCACCACCGCCUGCGCGCCGAUACGGUCACACGAUGGUCAGCUUCGAACGGUAUCUCUAUGUUUUCGGCGGUGCAGCGGAAUCAUCUUUGUCCAACGAUCUUCACUAUUACGAUCUCGAUACGCAAACGUGGCACGGUAUCGUACCGUCCUCCGACAGUCAAAUACCGCCUUGUCGACUCUUCCACGCCGCCACUGUGAUCGGAGACGCGAUGUUCAUGUUCGGCGGAACAAUCGACAACAACGUACGUUCCGCCGAGAUGUUUCGCUUCCAGUUUGCGUCUUAUCCGAAGUGCACGUUACACAAGGACUUUGGCAGAUUGUUGAGCAAUCGUCUCUUUUGCGAUUUAGAGUUUAUUGUGGGACCGGAAGAGACCAGAAUACCGGCACACGCGGCCAUGAUCGCGGCACGCUCGGAAUUUCUUAGGACGCGUAUUCGACAAGCGCGCGAGAAGAGGGAUUUGUAUUUGGAGGAAGUGUAUGGUACCGUUGAUGUUCCCGUUAAAGACUUGCCGUUGUUGGAGGUGACGCUGAAAGAUCCCGCGCCAGAACCCUUCGAGCUGGUACUAAGAUACAUUUACACCGAUCGCAUUGAUCCUACCGAGACACUGAUCGACAACACUGAAAAUUCACAAAGCAAUCGCAUCGUUCGCCUCAUGAUGGAUGUGUAUCGUAUCGCUGUGGGAUUCAACAUGAAGCGUUUGGAGUUGCUGUGCGUCAAUUAUCUCGAGGCGACUAUAACUCACACCAACGUUCUGGAAGCUUUGCGCAACGCCGUCGAAUUGAAAUUGUAUUUUCUCAAGGAAUUUUGUCUCAGUUUCGCCGUGAGAGACGGCAAUUACAAUCUAAUCGUGAUGAGCCAAGAAUUCGAGACUCUGAAUCAGCCGCUGAUGGUGGAAAUUAUAAGACGUCGGCAAAUGCCUCAAGCUAAACCUUUGACGAGAUACGAGAACGACUCCGUUAUCCGUACUGGAUUGGAGCAAGAUAUGCAAGCGUUUUUGAAGGGCGCUAUCGGUCAGGAAUUUUGUGACAUUACAUUGAUGCUGGACGGUACGCCGAUAUCGGCGCACAAGGCCGUUCUUGCGGCGCGCUGUAGUUACUUCGAGGGGAUGUUUCGAUCAUUCAUGCCCGAAGAUAAUAAAGUAAACAUACAAAUCGGCGAUAUGGUACCGUCGUCCGAAUCGUUUCACUCUUUGCUGAGAUAUAUCUAUUACGCGGACACUUCGAUGCCUCCCGAGGACUCUUUGUAUUUAUUUACCGCGCCGAUAUUUUACGGUUUCACGAACAACCGACUUCAAGCGUUUUGCAAACAGAAUAUUGAGAUGAACGUUACGUUUCAAAAUGUUAUAGAGAUUUUGGAAGCAGCCGACAAAAUACAAGCCACCGACAUGAAGAAAUACGCUUUGAAUCUUAUAGUUCAUCACUUUACCAAGGUGAAACGUCGUUCUAAUUCCGUGUGUUCGAACGUUAUCGCAAGUUUGUGCGUGCGCACACAACACACACGGUGUAUGUGCGAAAUAUCAUUUUGUUUUCAGGUUGUUAGACUCCCGAGAUUGCAACAGUUAAGUCGCAAGCUCUUGCUAGAUAUUCUCAAGGCUUUGGGCGACGAGCGUUCCGAAGCUAGAUCGUGUCUAGAUAUAACGAACGAUUGCUGACGGAGUUCCGUAUUCGAUCGUCAAACGUAUAGCUGGGAUUCACCAUGCAGUUUUCAAGAACUGUGUCGACUGCAUUUUAUUCUCAUAGGACGAACGGUUUUGUUCCUCGGUAAUUGCUAUCUCGAUCACGCGACUCAAUCUUGCUUGACAUUAGACGUACAGAAAAAGACUCUCCUGCCAUCAUCGACGAGCACGUCAUCCGCUUGGAUUCACGAGUUUUCGUCGUACAAUGCUCAUUCGGUCGCGUCGUCUCGUUACAAUGACGACAAAAACCAUCAACGGUCUACCAUUACUCGUCGUUGUUUCGCAAGUUACAACAUAUUCAAACGUACUAUCGUUGCUCUAACAGACCUCAGAAACUGUAAAAAACUAUUUCCGUAAUUGUUUUUAUAUAAUGAACGAAAUGACAAAUGAUUUUUCGUUGUCUUGAAUAGAAUCGCUCGCUACGAAAAGACCGAUGUGUAAUACUAGUCUUCAGUGUUUAUGAGAGAGAGAGAAAGAGAGAGAUAAUAUACAAUACUAUCAAAAUGUGUUGAAAAAAACAAAAAAUGUAUUUUAAUAGACUGCAAAAGCUAAGUGCACUCUACAAGUGACAAACAUGUUAAUAAUUAUUCCACUGUGCUAAUCAUCAGGUAUUUCUCUCAAAAAUUAGUUCAUUAAUUGUUUUUCAAUCUUAAUACAGUCAAACCUCGAUAACUCGAAAACCUCUGUAAGACGAAAAUUUUGUUCAUUUCCUUCCGCGGAAAGGAAAAACAAACUUUGAUAAGUCGAAACCUCUACAACUCGACGAUUUUAGCUCUUCCCUUGAGAUUCGAGUUAUCGAGGUUCGACUGUGGUAUUAAAAUCAAAUCAUUUUUCUGAGAUCACACAAGCUUUUACUUCAGUGCCAGAUAUAAAAAAAUGAUCUACAAGUUGUCCAGACCGGGUCUGUGAGAUCCACGCGACUUUAAGUUCGAAUAUCUCCGUAAAAAAUCAAUAUUUUUUCAAUUUCUUUUUUUUUGAAUCGAAA